UUACUUCUGCAAAAACUUGACAACAAUAUUUGAUUUCCCUACUAACAUUGAUUUUAGUAACCUUAUUUAAAAUAAAUUAAAAUCUUUUACUACGGCCGGACAAGCGGGAUAUUAAAUUCACUGUGGAAAAAAAUAAAAGUGUAUUGUUUUUUUAAAAUUAUCUACAACCAAGAAUAGGUUUGGGGAUUUUAUUAGUUUAAGUUACAACAAAAAAAAAACGUUCUCUAAAAAUCACAAUUGUCUUGAACGAUUGAUCCGAUGGUUUUCAAAACCUGGCUGAUACGUUCCAGACAUUUCCGAAACCGUUAUUUUGGUUGAAAUACGAACCUCUGUGAGUACUUAAGUAGAUAUUAGCGGUAUAGUGAAGGUAUAAAUAAAAUCAACUGGUUUAACAGUUAAUCAAGUAUAGGAAUAAUUUAAAAUUAAGAUUUUGUUUACAGAUUACUGUUUCCAUAAAAGAAUGACUCAUGAAAACAUCUCGUCACAAUGUCAAAAUGAGUGAAUUAAAAAAAACCUACCUUUUAAUUCAAAGUAACAUUCUCAAAAAUGACAUAAGAGAAGCAAUCGACUCAUUCAACUGCAACUAUAACAGAAUUAAAGAUAUAAAAGAAUUUCAAAAUUUCAUUGUCAGUGUUAUAAGUACGCUGGCACAUAAACUUCAAGGUGAAUUUUCUGCAACCGACCAAAAUCAGUUUGCAACUAUAAAUACAAAUGAUGUUAUUGAACUUUCCGAUAUCUGCUUUGGACAACUUAUUGCAACUGAUAUACAACCUUGGCAAAAUAGUUUAUAUGUUAUAAUCAGGUAUUUACUUUUUAAAAAUUGUGUAUCUGAAGCUGUCCGUUUUUGUGAUUAUCUUCUUAAAAGUUCAUAUCCAUCUUGUGAUAUUUUUAAACACCUUGUGCAACUUUUUACUCAUGAUAUUUAUAAGAGAUGCCCAGUCAAUGAUAAUCUGAAGAAGUUAAAUGUCAUAUUGAUGUGGGAUACUGCGUUAAAGUUGAUAAAAUGCCACACAGGGAAAGAAAUAGAAUAUAUACUGCAUUCAUUAACGACUCUUGUAAAAAAUAUCAACGGAACUAUACUACAUGAAGGAAAGUCGAUGGAUUUGGUGCUUUUAGAUAUGACAUGGGAAUCUGUUCUGUCCACAAGUGUUUUUCGGAAAAAGAGCGAUGAAGACAACAUGAUGAAAUUAUAUUCUAUGUUAAUUGAAAGUAUUGCUGCUAUUAUGCAAAAUAUGAUGAAGUGUAAACAAGUGCAAUUGCAUUAUUUGAUCAAACAUGUGGGAUUAAUGAUAGAUGUUUGCAGUUUAAACAAAAUGGAGAAAGAUUCACUGACGUUUUUAUUACAAUUUUUUAAAUUUAUCAACAACUCUAUCAAGAAUGGUCUGGAUUCAAGUAUUGAGCUUAGAAAAAUGGUUUCAUUUAUUAAAAAACAUGAGCCCAAUUCAGUAUUGGAAAAUACUUUGCUUCAUAUUGUUUUUAAAGCCGUUGUUGCUACAGCGAUAAAAUUAAAGAAUUUGUGGUGCGAUCAUCUAACUACUAGUUCUCAAGAGGCAACGUUGCAAACGUUGACAUUACUACACUAUUUAAUUGAUUUUUCUAAGUACAGCUCAUUAAGUAAAACCUGUUGUAAAAGCAAAAACUGUGACCUCAAUGAAGAUUCAACUACUGAAAUGAGUUUAAUUAAUAUUGCUUUCAUUGUAAUACGACAUAUUAUACCAGUAAAUCCUACGUAUUUAUGUUCAGAAGAAAUAUUUAAAUGGAUGGAACUCUUUAAUUCUGUAUUUCUACACGUGAGUAAAUCAAGUUGCUCAAAUAAAACAUCAUUUGUAGAAUUUUCCUUAACAAGUGCAUAUAAUCUUUGCAUUAACAUGAUUUCUGGAGAAUUUUUUCAUACCUUUUUGGAUUUUCUGGAUAAAUUGUACUCAAUGUUCGACCCCAACGGCAUUGAUAUAAAUUUAGUGGCUCGUGUUGCUAUGUUAUUAAGUCGUUAUCUGUAUGCCGAUAAUAAAGUUGAUGACGCGUUCAGAUGCAUUGCAUAUUGGUGCGGACGUACAAAAACUGAGAUUGCUGCUCAACAAUGGGUGCAUCUUAAGUGCAAAGAAGAAAAAAAUAACCAUGUUAUCGAUCAAACUAUUUUAAAAAUGAUUAAAGAAGACUCUGAAGUUAAACGGAAGUGGCCCGAAUAUAAUUUGAGUAAAGAUGAUUGUAUUGAAAUUAUGUGGUUAGAGUUAAAAGCUCAUAAUAACCGAAACAGACUUAAACAAGAUACCACUGUAGUACUAGACCUGUUUGAUAGUCUAUUGAGUCAUAAACUACCAACAGAACUGAAAAGUCGUGUUAUUAUUGUCACGGCUUAUAUAAUACUUCAUUCCGACAGUAUUAAUGGUCUGAAAAAAGUGAUGACAGUUUUAGAAGAUUUCACUCGUGUGUUAGAACUGAAAACAGCAAUGAAUAAAAGUAAAGCAAAUUUAAUGAUAGGCAAUAUGUACUAUGCCCAAUUUAUGUGUUCAUUGAAAAAUCUACAGAAUCAAGUUUGUAAGGAAUUGGAUUCUUAUACAGAAGAAAGACAGGAACCUGGUAUAGAACAACAAAAUAGUUUGCAUUAUCCACCAAUGGCCUGGAUAGUUCCUCUAAAAAUACAGCCUAAAUUGUUUAGCUGUUUAAAUCAAGCCGUAGAAAAUUGGUCUAAGUUAGAAAUAAAAGAUAUAAAUAAUGAAUACGACCUUCAAACCCUAUAUGCUAGUUUACGAGAAAUCGGUUAUGUAUUCAAACUUCAUUGUGAUGCAAAGGAAGUAGAAGUGUGGAAGCUGUUGUAUGAUAUUGCUUCAGCCAGGAAAUGUGACAAGUAUAUGUUUAUAGCACUUAUGGAACUGAUGAAAAUCUGUGAAACCGAUGUGGCGGAGGCAAGUAUUUUGGCUAAAAAACUACCAAGUGCAAACAAUGAGUACAAACUAGCCUUGGCAACAUCAUUUUUAAACAUUUCAGAAUUCAGUGAAGCCCAAAAACUAUUAGCUAGUAUUGGAAAUGAUGAUUUAAAAGACAAUGCUAUACUUAUGGCCGAAUAUUGUUUUUUAAAGAGCCGACUUAGUUUUGAAACGUGGAAAUUCGACCAAACUAAAGCACUUUCGGUCUUUAUAGAAGCUUAUAGCAUUGCACAUAAUCUUGUAAAGCGGCUAGAUUCUUUCUAUGAAUAUUUAGCUAUGCACUUUUUACUAUUGAAUAUAUGUUCGUAUUUAAAUUUAAUUUAUAUAAAUACAUUGAGACCGGCUGAAGCAAGGUGUUUUUUAAAAGUUCAGAUGAACAUUGUUUUGAAAUCAGUGUUAACUAAAAGAGCUUUAAAUGUAUUUUCAAUGAACUGUUGGAACGAGUUGGUAUGUUGCAAUUUUGAAAAUUUUAGUUGUCAAUUAGAACAUAUAAUGACACUAUUAGACUUCAAAGAAGAUGAUGCAGAUUUGAAAAUGCAAAAGUUAACCAUACAUAACUCUCCAAAUGUUCUCAAUUCCCCGUUGUCAGAUUACAGGUGUAUGCCUAAUCCCAGGCCAAACAGAAUGGCUUCCCCGUCAUUAAAAAAAUUAAACAACAAUAACUUUCAAAUGAGCCUUGUAGAAUUUUGCAACGAAACCAUCAAUCGCAGCAAACCGCAUGAACCUGUUGUAAUGUAUUCAGUUAUUGAAGCAUGUGUUCUUAAAGCUGUUUACUGUUCAAAAUCAAGUCAGCGAGACAUGGCAGAGACUUAUUUUAAACUAGCGUUCAAAUUAAUUGAUUUAUCUUCACUGCAAUUUAACAAAAAUGAAGUGUAUAAUGUUCUACAAACUAGACAAAACAUAGCAGCUAAAUAUUAUUAUGCAGAACAUAUGGUUCUUUUUAAUAAUGAAAACCAAUCUCUAAACUAUGUGAAAAAAUCUAAAAAGAACACUGUUGAUUCCUGGAUAUCUUUGUACGCCGAAGAAUUAGAUAUAUCACUGAAGUUGGAAAAUAUUAUGGGUUAUGUAGAAACGAAGGUUAUUCAUUCACCGAUUCCUGUGUGUCGAUCACUUGAUUUCAAGACACCAGCACGAACAAGAUUACGGGUCAAAGCUACACCAGUUGUCAGGAAGUUAAGAAUGAAAGAAUUGAAUAAAGAUUAAUAAUUACGUGUAAUAAUAAUUUAGUAGAAUAUUUUAAUUUUUUAUUAAUGUUUUGUAAUAUAAAUGUGUGUAUUUUUUUCUUUAUUAUAAUUUUUUUGAAAUAAAACAAGCAUAUUGUAUAUGAUAAAGC